AUGUGGUACGACCAUUGCAUUUUCAGUUCUUGGGUGCGAGAGGUUGUUGCCGCCCCUUCGCGCGGUGUCGUCCACGACAAGUCCUAUCUGGAAAACCGUGGCACGGCCGCCUGUUUCCACGGUACUCUCGACAUCGAUGCUCUGGGCGGGGCUGGCUUUGCCUCCCAGCGGACUACCGGCAACGAUCAACACUGGGACCUAAGUUCGUUUGCAGGAGUCGAGGUCUCGAUCGAUCCAUUGCAGUCCGACGACAAGGUCUACACGCUGAUCCUCAAAGAUGAGAUUCUCCCUCCCAAUCCGGUCGGCGGCCGUGAACAGUCGACGACAUCUUGGGAGUAUGAUUUCUCAACAUCCAAGUGCCGCCCCGGGAUCGACAGCCCUACUACCGCUUCAUGCCAGUCUGUCUUCAUCCCAUGGGACCACUUUAAACCCACAUUCCGUGGCAAACCGACCAGCAGGCUCGAGGGCCUGGAUUUGAGCGACAUCAAGAUGGUCAGCAUCAUGAUCAGGAGGUUUGGUGGUUGGUCCGCUUGA